UGUGAAAAUAAUUGUAAAAGACAAUCAACGUAACUUCAGACUUCAGAUUGCUGUGCUGUGUUGCUUCACAAUUUGUUUUUUCAUUGGGUGCUGCUUUGUCCACUUUAUAAGUUUAACUUUACUGGCACACGGAAAGAACCAGAAAACGGGAGCACCUCUCAAAAACUGUAACAAUAAGCUGCUCAACAGAAGGCUAGUAACCAACUGCAUUGGCCAAUUGGAGUGAAGGACACGGCUUAUGUUUAUGUGAUUGGUGGGUGUAAUUUAUAUAAAGUAGACUGGCAGAGACCUUUCAACCUGAAGUUCACCCAUCUGUAACCUGAAAAAUUGCUUGCUUCUCUAAGUGUUGUGAUUUGAAGAAGAUCUUGUAGUUCUCUGAGGUGCAUCAGCAAAAAAUUUUGAAAGCCAGAAUCUCAUCCUCCUGCAGCACUCACUAGAAGUGUUGCCUAUUCUAAGUAAAGACCUGCUUACUUAGUAUACUUAGUCAUUUUCUUUCAUGGUAGGGGAAUUGGAUUGGAAUGCUGAGGGAAGGCCUUCAAUAAACAAAACUACAACAUUUGGGUGCAAGCACCCCUUGUACAAUACAAGGAAGGGAGAAUCUCUGACUGCACAGGAGUCUCCUUUCUUUGUAUGACAUGGAAAACAAUAAGAGUGUGCACAUUAAGGAAGAAGACUGUGAAUGGGAAUGCAUGCAACAUCAGAUGAAUAUUUAUAGCAUUGAGGAAGAGAAAGAUCAUAAAUUGGGACUAAUAAACAUUAAAAGAGAAUCUGAGCCAACAUCAGAUACAAGUGACUUGCAGCUAAAUACAAUUGUAAACCAUGUCAAGGCAGAAGACUUCAAAUCAGAGGCUGUCUGUCCACUUGUGUGUCCAGAAGAAGAGCUAACUGGAACAGACUUCACAAAAAGUAGAUCUCACUCCUUCCAGAAUGAUUAUGUCCAAGUGAAAACCGAACCUUUGGAUUCUGACAUAAAGGAGACAGAGAGUGCAUCAUGUUCAGCGCAUUCUAGAGAAGAUUUACAAGAAAGGCGGACCGUCUCUCAGUCUUCAUUUUGUGAGGCCUCUCUUCACUGUAGACCACAGCAAAAUGAAAAUGUGGAAAAACUGACAUCAGAAUCAGAGAUUUUGACACCAGCCUCAGUGACUUCUAGUUCUCUCGGUGUUGUGAAAUUAACAUGGGUAAGAAUAAUCCACACUAAACAACAGGCGCACAAUUCAAAUUCAGGAGCUCUGUAUGUUUGCCAAAAGCAGACAAAAACAUUUAAAGAAAAAUCGAGAUCCGAACUUCACAGGGGUAACACACAACAGAAGCCAUGCUGUUCUGAAUGUGGAAAACAAUUCUUUAGCAAAAACAGCCUUGAAAGACACAAACGAAUACACACUGGAGAGAAGCCAUAUUGCUGUAAUGAAUGUGGGAAACAAUUUAACACCAGUGGUCAUCUUAUUCUCCACACAAGAAUUCACACAGGAGAGAAGCCAUAUUGCUGUUCUGACUGUGGCAAAAAAUUCUCAAGUAGUACUUCUCUUCGGAUUCAUUCAAGAAUGCACACGGGAGAAAAGCCAUAUUGCUGUUCUGAGUGUGGUAAACGAUUCUCUACUAUUAGUAGUUUUCAGAGACAUAAAAGAAUUCAUAGUGGGGAGAGGCCUUAUCAUUGUUUGGAAUGUAACAAAGAAUUUUCUGAUUUAAGCAACCUUAAGAGUCAUGCAAGAAUUCACACCGGAGAGAAGCUAAAUCACACUUCUCAAUGUAGCAAACAAGUUUCUGACAAUCUGCAAUCUUUAUAAUAAUACAAGAACUCACAAAGGAGAAUUGUCAUAUAACUGUUCAGAGUGUGGCAAAGGAAUUAGCACAAAUGGCAAGCUUCAGAUCCAUUUAAAAAUACACACUGGACAGAGGCCAUAGUGCUGUUCUGACUGUUGAAAACAAUUCUCUAGGAGUGGCAGAUUUCAAAAAUAUGAAAGAUUUCAUAUUGGAGAAAGGCCAUAUUGUUGUUUGGACACUAGCAAACAUUUCUUUAAUACAAGCAAUCGUCAGAUUCAUACAAUAAUUUACACAAGAGAAAUGUUAUACUGCUGUUUUGAAUAUGGCAAAGGAUUUAGCACAAAUGGCAGGCUUCAAGUCCACUUAAGAAUACACAAUGGAGAGAAACUGUAUUGCUGUUCUGACUGUGGCAUAAUAUUCUCAAGGAGUAGUACUCUUCAGGUUCAUUCAAGAGUACACAUUGGAGAGAAGCCAUAUUGCUGUUCUGAGUGUGGUAAACAAUUCUGUACGAGUAGUGGCAGUGAAAGUAAAACAACUGUCUUUGCUCAGCUUACUGCACUCUGUCUUAUGACAGACACCUAAAUAAAUAACCUGCCAUUAUAGCAAAACGGCUUUGUCAGCUAUUAACCCUUAGUAGCUUGCAAGCAGUUAAUUUUUCUUUCACAGUUCCUCCAUUUAUUUUUAUUUUUUUAAACUGUCCGUGGAAAAGUUAAAGCAUUGGGUGUCGUUUAUCUGAUCAGCACCCUCGGGGACCGGAGAUAUAAGAAGAAAUUGAUGUGCCACAAAAUGAGUGAAAAGGGAACGGACACAGGGAAGUACACAACAAAGGAGUAGACCAACAAUAAGAAGGAUAUUGCGUACCAUAAUAGCGACCUGAGUAAGGGACACUUUCCAGUUGAAAAAUAGCGAAUGAAACCAGUCAAAAAUUGACGUAUGUGCAGUUGUUACAUGAUCAAUAAAUUCUUUUUGGGGCUGCUUUAGCUUGUUAAGGGCCAUCGUAAAAGUCCCAUUAGGAGCAGUAUUAUUAGGAAUAAAAGUGCAACAUUUCUCCCCAAACAUGACACAUACUCCCCCCUUUUCGGUAAGGAGCAUGUCUAAAGCAAUGUGAUUUUCCCAAGCUAUUUUAGAUGUGGCAUCCAGCUGACUUGCUAGGGUGGUAUGCGUUUCAAUUGUAAAAUUAAUGAAUCGUUGUUGAGUAUAAUACAGAUAAUUAAUCCAUUCUGUAUUUUUAGUAAUGUAGUACCAGGUAUUAUGGAUGAAAAAAAAAACUGAAGUCUCAUCUAAAGCUUUAAAAUGAUGAGGAAAGCCCUUAGGUUGCCUGAUAGAACUGAACCAGAUUCUGGAGUCUGAGUCAGAAGGGAGAGAAGGAAGGGAAAGAGAACGAAUGUACCGGUGUGAAUAAGUAUGAUUUGGUAAUAUAAAAAAGGCAUAGAGAGCAUAACUCUUGCACAUAGUCCAGUCCAAUUAUGAGGCAGCUAUCCCCGUAAUGUGGGACCAUCUGGUUUGGGUCCACAAAUCCAGAAAAUAUCUGCCAACUUGCGACGCCAAAGAGGACUAUUUCAUUUAUGUUAGGUAGAAUGCCCAGAGGGGACUGGGCGGUCUCGUGGCCUGGAACCCCUACAGAUUUUAUUUUUUUCUCCUGUUUUCUGGAGUUUUGUUUGUUUUUUCUGUCCACCCUGGCCAUCGGACCUUACUCCUUUUCUAUGCUAACUAAUGUUGUCUUAUUUUAAUUUCUCAUUUUGUCUUUUAUUUUUCUUUUCUUCAUUAUGUAAAGCAUUUUGAGCUACUUUUUGUAUGAAAAUAU